AUGGCAUCCCAACUCAAAAAUCUUCUGUUUGUCUCGGCUACUUCUCCUCUCCUGCUGUUGCUGCUAUGCAUGGCCAGUGCAAUCAGCCCUGAAGGAGAAGCGCUCCUCCGAUGGAAAUCCACUUUGCUCAACUCCACCUCUCUGUCCUCAUGGUCGCAUGCCAAUCCGACCUGCUAUUGGCACGGCGUCACCUGUGAUGCAGCCGGUCAUGUUACUCUGCUCCGUCUUCCUGCAUGCGACCUCAAAGGUACACUAGAUGCCUUAUACUCUCCUGCAUUCCAGAACCUCACAGGGAUUGAUCUCUACUACAAUAACAUUUUCGGUGUCAUCCCGGUAAAUAUCUCUUUGUUUCUCACCCUCACAAGUCUGGAUUUGAGCUGGAAUAAUCUUGUUGGUGACAUCCCCUACCAGCUCAGCAAUCUCCCAAAGAUUGCUGAGUUAGAUUUGGGAAAUAACCACUUGACCAACCCAGACCAUACCAAGUUCUCGCCUAUGCCCACUUUGUCGCUAUUAUCUCUAAAUAGCAACAACCUACAUGGCACCUUUCCACAGUUCAUCCUCAACCGUACCAACGUUUGGAUGAAUAAAAUGCAAACGUUUCAAGUGGGGAACAACCACCAUCUCAGCGGCAGCAUCCCAUUGGAGUGGUUCUCAAACUGGACCUUGCUCCGUACUUUUGAUGUGGCAAACAACGACUUGGUCGGGAGCAUCCCACCGGAGAUCACUAGGUGGGAGGUAAUAGACACACUGGUCCUCCGAGGCAACUGCCUCAUCGGAAAGGUCCGUGCAGAGCUAGGAUAUCUCCCCAACCUUUAUGCACUGGACCUAUCCAGUAAUAACCUUACUGGUACAAUACCAUUGGAGUUUGGUAAUUUGUCUUAUUUACAAAUCCUUGACCUCAGCAACAACCUCUUGGAGGGAGAGAUUCCAGGAAUCUUGUCCCUCCUUCCUCUCACUGAUAUACUCCUGUCUGGAAACAAGUUCACGGGCAUCGCCGACAAUAAUUUUUGUGAGCUACCUAAUCUAAAACUAUUGGACUUGUCGAAGAAUCUCAUAUCUGGAGCGGUCCCUGGUUGUUUUUGGAACAUACCUUCUGUUACAUACAUGGAUUUGUCAAGCAAUGCCUUUGCUGAAGAAGUUACAGCCUCGGCGGUUGACUUUUCUCAACUAGAUUCAGUAGAUCUAUCAAACAACAACUUGACAGGCUGCUUUCCAUCUGUUCUGAAGAACUUAGAACUCCUGGAAUUUUUGGAUCUUGGAGGCAAUAUGUUUUCAGGCAAAAUUCCUUCAUGGAUAGGAGCUAGCCUCUCUAUGCUAAGAAUUCUCCGGCUGUGGUCAAAUAUGUUUCAUGGAAGUAUUCCUUGCGAGGUAUCACAACUCUCUGAUCUCCAGUUGCUUGACCUUGCUGACAACAAUCUUACAGGUCACAUACCUGUAAGUUUUGCUAACUUUAAUUACACAAUCAUGACAAAGCCAGAACUGGAACAUAACAGCGGGCCCAUGGUGAUGGUUGACAGCUUUCUGCCUCACUACAGUGACCAGGUUGACAUAAUCUGGAAGGGGCGUGAUUAUAAUUACAGUAGAAAAAUUAUGCUUAUGACUGGUAUUGAUCUAUCAAGCAACUACCUUUCUGGUGAGAUCCCUGCAGAAUUGUUGAAUCUUGGAGCCAUUCGGUUCCUGAACCUGUCAAGAAAUAAUUUAUCUGGUGCUAUCCCAAGUAACAUUGGUAAUUUAAAAGAUGUGGAGUCUCUUGACCUCUCAUGGAACAAGCUCUCAGGUCCUAUUCCUCCAAGCAUAUCACACCUGAUGUUCCUCAGCUCUCUUAAUCUCUCCAACAACCUUCUUCAAGGAGAGAUACCUUCAGGAAAUCAGCUACAAACACUGGAUGACCCCUCCAUCUAUAGCAACAACCUGGGACUAUGUGGUGUCCCCCUGAGCAUUCCAUGUAAAAAUGGUUCGAGUUCUACAACAGCACUGGAUGGGGCAAAGGAAGGCCACCAUCAACUUGAAACCCUGUGGCUGUACUACUCAGUGAUUGCUGGAACUGUCUUUGGUUUCUGGAUAUGGUUUGGAACAUUGUUUUUCUGGAGCAUCUGGAGGUUUACGUUCUUCAGUUGCAUCGAUGCCAUGCAGCAGAAGUUUAUGCUGAAGAUGAAGCGUACCUGA